AUGUUCUGGGAUGGCUUCCAGUGGGUGCCCCGAGCAGAUACAGGCAUCGCGAACGAUGUCAAUGCGUCCCGCAAGAAUCGUCGUCUGUAUCUGGGCAAUCUUCCGUACCACCUGGGUGUCACAGAGGACUCCUUCUCGAAGCAGCUCUACGAGACGAUGCGCGACCGCGGCAUGUGCAACGAUCCGAAUCAGAAUCCCGUGCUGCACGUCUGGUUCGCCCGAGACAAGGGUGCGAACUACGGCUUUUGCGAGGUUGCGUCACAGGAGGAGACAGAGCGUGCACUCCAGCUGGACGGCAUGCUGGUCCUAGGAGUGCCGGUCUCCAUCAAGCGACCCAACGACGCCGUCAGCCCACUGGGCAUGAUCGGUGGUGUUCCGGUGGGCAUGCAAGUUCCAGGCCAGCAGGCCAGCAUGCUGGCACUGCCCAGCGCACAGGUGAGCGCCACGAGCCCCAUCAUCCGGAUCGAUGAGAUCCUCAAGGUGGACGAGAAGACGACCGAGGACGACUACAACGAUGUCAAGGAGGACAUGGCGGAAGGCUGCGGGGCCCAUGGUAAGCUGAUUAUGGUUGCCAUCGUGAAGCCAGCACAUGCCAGUGGCAAUGCCACUCUGAAACCAGGCGACGUCUAUCUGCAGUGCUCCACGACCGAUGAUGCCACCAAGAUCAUGAGGGCCAUGGGCCACCGAAAAUACGACGGCAGGUCAAUGGUCUCCGCGCUUACCUUCUGCCCGAACUUUUCGACGAUAGUCACGGGUGAGGUGGACAUGACGCUCAAGUGCUAUUCUCUGAGCCUCGAUCUGGUGGAGUGCUUCCCGCUCGAGCAGGAGCGGGCGGAGCUGCGAGGCGAUGGGCGCGGGGAGCGCAAGGCGAAAGGAAAGAGCGGAAAGGUCACGACCCUGGCCUACCUGCCGGCAGCUGGGAGCUUUAUCCUCGCGGGCAGUGAGAGUGGCUGCGAGUUGUGGCAGCUCACAAAGUCUCGUGAGCGUCGGAUCAACACCUCCCGCUUGAGGGGUUUGGAGUAUCACUUGCAGCUGAACUUGAUCAAGCAGGUCACUACUGAGCCUGUCCAUCGCAUCGUGGUGGCUGCUGAGGGAAGGGUGGUCAUCGCAGAGUUGAAGACGGUGCUGGUGCUGGACCAUGAGUUGAACCUCAUGGCCUCCUGCAACCAGCCUUUUGUCUGCAGUGCCUACCUGGGCACGGUCUCGUCAAGUCAGGCUAUCAGAUGGAAGGCGCAGCUACUGACAGGCACAAGCGGCGGCGCAGUGCAACUUUGGAACAUUCAGGCCUUCGAGUCGCAACUCGGCGAUCCAAGCGGUGAUGGCCUUUUCACCAGGCUCGAGCACACUUUCAACGGUCACACUCGGUCGGUCGAGAUGGUCUGCUUUUACGACCGGGACGAGCAUGACGUGCAGCAGCGCUUCGCUGUCUCCUGUGCACUGGACUUGAGAUUGCAGGUGUGGAGCAUGGAGAAUUUCGUGUGUGUAUACACCCUGUACUUCGGCCUGGCGGAUUCGAAGGCGCACAUUUUCCCAAUCUCGCUGCACCACUUUGCCCUCAGCUACACGAUUGGUGGCGGCAGCAACGGCGACGGCGCCGCAGGGGCCAGCGUUGCGAUGAUGCGCUUCAAUGCGCACUAUGCUUCGCCCUUUGCAACAACUUGUGGCACUGUGGUCCAAAUCGCACAAGCCCCUGCGUUCCAGAUUCAGGAUGCGUUGGGCGGACAGCUUGCGAAGCAGGUCCCACCGAAGCAGGGUGGCAGCCCCCCUCUUUCCAGCGCAGCUGUCCUCGUUUCGGAGGACAUGGCCAUCCGCGUGUUCUCUGCGAAAUCACGUGCGCUGCUUUCCACGCUGCCGCCUCCUCCGAAUGCAAAGGUCCAAGUGCUGGAGGUUUUCCUCUGUCCCGAGUGGCAGCUGCUUAUCCUAUGGCUCAGCUCGGAAGAGGUGGCCAUCUUCUACGUGCCCUCGGCACCCCUGGAGACGAGCAAAGCCGAGGAGCAGCCGAUUCCACGGACGCAGGCUGCCACGCCACUGCUGCUGCGACGCUUCAGCAUUGUGGAGGUGCGGACGCAGAUGAUGGACAAGGACUUGUCCAAGGAGUCAUUCCGCUGCGUUUCCCUCUACCAUGGGCCGCUUCCCAAGGGGGACACGCUGCUCCACACCGUGAAGGUGGCCCAGCAGGUUCUUGAGGAGGAUUCGUCUCCGGCCUCGCCGCGAAGGCAAAUACCCAAACAGACACCGCCGACUGGGCGGGACUGGUACCUGCUAGUGGGUACACAGAUGGGCACUCUGCAGGCUUUCAAGAUUGCGGACCUCUUGAUGCAGUUGCCCGUGUGGGGUAGGCUUGCACCACACCUGCCGAAGAAGGAGCACACGCGGCGAAGUCCCGGACGUGCCAAGACCAUGCGGACGUCAGUCCUCAAGGGGGCAGUAAAGGAGGCUGAUGGACGCCUCGCAGAAAUCGAAAAGGAGCAUGAAGCUGCCAUGGAGGCCUCCAGGACGCCGGGGCAGCGGCCCUUUCCACCCAGUGGACCGCAGCUGAAACUCUACAGCCGCUGGAGGCGACACGACUAUGCCAUCGACUUCGUGAAAUCCAUGGCCGACCUGAUUCUGACCAUCGACGCGAAGAACGGCUUGAAGGUUUGUCAGGCUGAAGACAGCCGAAUACUUUUUCGCUUGCUUCUUCCGGAAUUUUCGUGCUUGACUCCUUACAUCGUGCUCGGGGAGCCAGCGCCGGAGGACCAUCGAAGCGCAGAAGGCCACGCCCAAGUCCAAGUUGAGAGCGACGCGGAGGUGCCUCCGACUCCGCAGCUGCUGGGGGUGACCCUGGGCAACUCCCGCGGAUCCUUGGAGAUGGUUGAGCUUCCGUGGACGUCGCCUGACAUCGAGGUGUUUUCGUCGCAGGCGUCUCACGGAGGGCCCGUCCUGCAGGUCGACUACUUGUUACCGAUCGAGAUCUUUGUCUCUGUCGGUGAGGACGACACGGUGCGGUUCUGGUCUUCGGCUCUCCAGCUUCUCCGCGAGGUCUUCUUCCCACAGCCGUGCUCCACUGUGGCUUUCCUUCGGCUGCCCGACAUGGACACUAGCGCUGGCCACGGGGAUGUCCUUGUCGGUUUUGCCGCGCACGUGGAGCGUGUUCCGAUGGAGGUAUGGGCACGUGGUGUCAAGCACGAGAAGCUGGGAGGUACGCUACCACUCGACAGCACCAUGCGCAGCUCCCAAGGGUCCAAAGCCACUGGCAGCAGUGCAUUCACCAAGAGCAGCACGCAGGAAAUGGAUGAACUGCUCCUGCAAGAGCUCUACAGGUUCAGCCCCGAAGAUGAGGAUGUGCUAGGGGGAGAGCGGCCUCCCAGCAGCGAAAUUGUCAAGCUGGUGGACGAGGAGCUGCCGAAGCGAAGGAGGAGCCGAAGUGUAAUGGACUUCCGCGGUGCCCCGGUCGUGCCGCUGGGCGUACUCGGCGGCCUCGCAGCAGACAUGGUGGGGGUGGAGGAGCGCUUGUUGCAUCGACCAGAAGCCCUAGAGCACGUGCCGCACGAGCACAGCCAGGUCCUGGAUCAAGGAGAUUUGCGUGCCAUCACUCGCUACCAUGCAGGCUAUUACGAUUGGACAGUGAACCCCAGUGCGAUGGUGGAUGCCCCACGUGGAUGCGCUAUCCGGGGCGUCACUGGAGAUGGCAACGUGGCCAUUGUCACGUCCGUCGGCAUAGGUCAUCUUCGGGGAGAAGGGCACGCUUUCCAGCCGACGCCGCAGGAAGCUCCCUUAGAGGAGCUGUUUGCCCAGACAUCGCUGGAAGAGGAACCCGAGGCUGGCGAGCUGCUGGACGAAGCGCCGCUAGCCUUGCCAGGCCCAAGCUCUCCACGGCCUCAGACGGGCGCCUCGGUGGCCACCAGUGUUGCCGCAACGUCAAGGCGACCCGACUCGCGCGAGCUUCGGUUGGAGUCGCGGACCUCUGCCAGAACUGGCGAGGCUCAGGCGAGAGGCGCAUUGUUGGAGGAGUGCAUCGAAGAAACAGAUGACGAGGGCAUGGGCAUGGUGAACGACGAGGAAGAGGAAGAAGACACCUGGAGGAAUCUGCACAUCGCCCGUGGUGUCCCUCACCGCACCGACAUGCCCAAGCCGCAGACGCAGAACAUCGCCAACACAGACGCAGAUGCUGCCAAAAUGCUGCGUGAGCACGGGAAGCUCAUCGACGCUCCGGAGGGCUUGGAGACGAACUUCUUGAGCCGCCUCACAAACAAAAAGACGGAGUGGAUCUACUGUGGCAUCGACAACGUGCAAGUGGCUCGCCGCACUGCUCGCAAGGUGGUGCGCCAGACGAUCGAUGAGGGCGAGGGCCUCAAACUUUGGACGGCAACGGGACGGUUGAGAACUGGGCACAGACCGCCACCGCAGCAGGCGCUGCCCAAAUGCUACGUUCCGCUUCCUCCGGAGCACCUCUGGGAGCGGCCUCCGAUGACACGCUCGGAGGUCACAGAGCGGCGCAUCAUCGAGGCAGCCAGAUGCCCGCAGAGCAGACACUGGAUGGAGGAGCUUGCCCUCGAGUCCGCGGAGUUCCACGAGGGUCGACGCCCGCUGAUCACUUCGGCAAGGGUGCGUGCGAGGGGUGCACAGAGCUCGAGGUCUGCGAGUAGCGUCACGGUGACCUCUGCGGCAGAGACGGACACCUCCAGCUCCGUGGGACGCCCGGGGCGUCCGCGGCUGCCUCGAAAGGUGAGCUUCAACCUUCCACAAGUUCCGAAGACCCACCGCUAG